AUGAAGACAGCUCAAGCUCUGCAGAGAAUGUGGUCACAUGCAGUCAAAAAGUUGGGGAUUUUGAAAGGGCACGCCCCAGGCAUGGAAGAGCUGAUAUGGGAACAGUACACUGUGACCUUACAAAAGGACUCAAAACGAGGAUUUGGAAUUGCGGUUUCCGGCGGCAGAGAUAACCCUCAUUUUGAAAAUGGUGAAACAUCAAUAGUCAUUUCAGAUGUUCUCCCAGGUGGUCCAGCAGAUGGAUUACUUCAAGAAAAUGACCGAGUGAUCAUAGUUAAUGGGACCCCAAUGGAAAAUGUUCCACAUUCUUUUGCAGUCCAGCAGCUUAGGAAAAGUGGAAAAGUGGCCACCAUCGUAGUGAAACGACCAAGGAAAGUACAGGCUGCAGCGUUGAAGAGAAGCCCUUCCCUUGACUAUGAGGACAGAGCUUUAGAUGUAAUGGACGACCAUGCAGAAUUUGAUGGCAAAAGUGCUCGAAGUGGCUACAGUGACAGAAGUUGGCAUAGUGGUAAUGGAGGACGCAGCCAAAGCUGGGGAAACAGUCUGGAUCAGAGCUACAGAGAUGAACAGGACAGAGGGCGUAACUGGAGCCGAGACCGUGACAGGGAGUGCAGCUACAGCCGUGAUCGAAGUCGUGGUAGGAGCGUUGACAGGAGCUUAGAUCGAGACUACAGAAGAGAUCGGAGUAGAGGAAGGAGCGUUGACAGGGAUGGUGACUAUGAAAGGGGCUACAGAGGAGACUACAGCCCACCCAGUUAUAGUCAUGGAUCUCAACCUGAUCCUAGAUAUGGGAGGAGUCGAAGUCGGGACAGGCUUCGUUCCCGAAGUCCUUCGCCUGAAGUACGCCAUCAACAUGACUACCUAGGGCCGCAGGAUCAGAAUGGACCAAUCAGUGUUCUCUUAACAAAAGGCAGACAUAGUGAAGAGUAUGGUCUCCGGCUCGGAAGUCAGAUCUUCAUAAAAGAAAUGACCUGUACUGGCCUAGCAACCAAAGAUGGCAACCUUCAUGAAGGGGAUAUCAUUCUCAAGAUCAAUGGUACUGUGACAGAGAACAUGUCCUUAGCUGAUGCCCGAAAACUGAUCGAGAAAUCACGGGGGAAGCUCCAGCUGGUUGUCCUCAGGGACAAAAAGCAGACACUGCUCAACAUUCCUUCAUUGAAUGACAGUGACUCAGAGAUGGAUGAUAUUUCUGAAAUAGAGUCAAACAGGUCAUUCUCCCCUCAAGAUGACAGGUUGCAUCAUUCUGAUCAAGAUUCACAUUCGUCCAAUGAAAAGCUGAAAGAGAAGCCAAAUGCAAAAGAUGAUACAUCCAGUAAGAUGUCCAGGAUGGGAGCAAUGCCUACACCAUUCAAAUCAAGUGGUGACAUUGCUGCUUCUGCUGUUACAGUUGUAGAUGCAAACAAAGAACUGAAGUAUCAAGAUGAACCAGCAGUGUCUCAACCAAAAGCAGUUACAAGAACGAUUCUUAAACCCAGCCCUGAAGAUGAAGCAAUUUAUGGUCCUAAUACAAAAAUGGUGAGAUUCAAGAAAGGGGACAGCGUGGGUCUACGACUGGCUGGUGGAAAUGAUGUAGGGAUAUUUAUUGCUGGUAUUCAAGAAGGCACCUCAGCUGAUCAGGAGGGACUGCAGGAAGGAGAUCAGAUUCUUAAGGUAAACACUCAAGACUUCAGAGGCAUUAUUCGGGAAGAUGCUGUUUUGUACCUCUUAGAAAUUCCUAAAGGUGAAACAGUAACAAUUUUGGCUCAAAGCAAGUAUGAAGUCUACAGAGACAUCAUGACCUGUGGCAGAGGAGAUUCAUUCUUCAUCAGGAGCCACUUUGAAUGUGAAAAAGAGUCACCACAGAGCUUAGCAUUUACCAGAGGGGAGAUCUUUAGAGUAGUCGAUACACUGUAUGACGGCAAACUGGGAAACUGGCUGGCAGUGAGAAUUGGAAAUGAACUGGAGAAGGGCCUCAUUCCAAAUAAGAGCAGAGCUGAGCAGAUGGCCAGUGUUCAGAAUGCCCAAAAAGAUGGCUCAAGCGACAGGGCAGACUUCUGGAGAACACGUGGCCAGCGAUCCGGAGUGAAGAAGAAUCUGAGGAAGAGUCGUGAAGAUCUGACAGCUAUUGUAUCUGUGAGCACAAAAUUCCCAGCUUAUGAGCGAGUUCAGUUGCGUGAGGCUGGUUUUAAGAGACCUGUGGUGAUAUUUGGGCCGAUUGCAGAUGUUGCUAUGGAGAAGUUGUCAAAUGAUUUGCCUCACCUGUACCAGACAGCAAAGACAGAACCCAGAGACGCAGGUUCAGAGAAGUCAACUGGGGUAGUGCGCUUGAACACUGUGAGGCAAAUCAUUGAGCAGGAUAAACAUGCUCUGCUGGAUGUUACUCCUAAAGCAGUGGACCUGCUAAAUUAUACCCAAUGGUUUCCUAUUGUGGUCUUCUUUAACCCAGACAGUAAGCAAGGUGUGAAAACCAUGAGACAAAGGCUGUGUUCCACAUCUAACAAGAGCUCGAGAAAACUUUAUGAGCAAGCCAACAAACUGAAGAAAACUUGUUCCCACCUCUUUACAGCCACCAUCAAUUUGAAUUCAGCCAACGAUAGCUGGUAUGGGAGUCUGAAAGAUACAAUUCAGCAACAGCAAGGAGAAGCAGUAUGGGUAUCAGAAGGAAAGAUGGAUGGUAUGGAAGAUGAUGCAGAUGACCGUAUGUCUUACCUUACUGCAAUGGGUGCUGACUAUUUGAGUUGUGACAGUCGGCUGAUCAGUGACCUAGAAGAUACUGAUGGAGAAGGAGGUGCAUACACCGACAAUGAACUUGAUGAGCCCUUGGACGAACCAAGGAUUUCAUCUGUUAGCCGGUCCUCUGAACCUGUGCAUCAUGAAGAGAGUUUAAAAAAAUUUAGUCCAGAACCAAAGGCUCAGUUGAGAAAAGCUGGUAGCAGGGAGAUCCUUAGAGAACCAAGUCCACCUCCAGCAUUCAAGCCUGAACCACCUAAGGGAAAGUUACAAAACAAAGAGGAUCUAUACGACUUCCCUAAGAGCUACGACUCCAUAUCAAGUAACGUUGCUGUCAGCAGUGAGACUUCAACUGUAUCGGCUAAGGCAGCACCACCACCUGUUUCUGUGAAACCUGUCUUUGGGCGUCCCAUCCUGAGAAACUCUCAGCCAGCAGUCCCACCUCCAGAGGAGGACGAGGAGGCAAAGUUGGAAGAGGAAGAAAAUGAACAAGAAAAUACUCCAAAAUCUGUUUUGAGGAAGGUGAAAAUAUUUGAAGAGAUGGAUCAUAAGGCAAGGAUGCAAAGAAUGCAAGAGCUACAAGAAGCGCAGAAUGCCAGGCUUGAAAUAGCCCAGAAGCACCCAGAUAUUUAUGCUGUCCCUGUCAAAACACAGAAGUCAGAACAGAACUGGCCGCAGCCUGUGAGCUCUAGACCUCCAGAACCCCAGAAACCUCCUAUCAGACCUUAUCUAGAGAAUCGUGGCAGUUACGGCAGUGAUGCAGAGGAGGAGGAGGAGUACCGUCGGCAGCUAUCAGACCACUCUAAGAAGGGGUAUUAUGGACAGCCAUCCAGAUAUAGAGACACGGAGUUGUAG